AUGGUAAACUUCUAUAACAACCAGGAGAAGCCCUCAAAUUCGAACGGCGAAUUGCCUUUAAUACCAGCUGUGUUUCAAAAUUCACCAGAACUGUUAGUUAGAACCAUACCUACCGGAAAUGAGAUCAUUGAGUCGGUACACUUGACCAAGUGCUUACAGAAAUAUAGAAAUGCGCUUGCAAGUCAAUUGGACUGUUACGGGGGAAAAUGGGAUUCUAAGAUAGCCAAUUUUAGACUUGUAGUUGAAAAUAUCAUCAACUACUCAAGAAAAAACAUUUUUAAUAACGAGUACGAAAACAAGCACACUGUAGUCCCUGGCUCGUUGAUAGCGCUAGGUGCCUUUUUUGCUGGAAGCAUAGCAGUGAACAGAUCCAAUUGGGGAGCUAAGAGAAUAAUAUUUAACCAUAACUCCAGUAUUCUCGAAAAACUAUGUACAUCAUUACCGUCAAGAACAUUCUUACCAUGGGUGUUGGCAGCGGCAACCUUCAAGUGCUGGUCUCCUCAAACGUCACGGAAUCUAGUUAAUGCCACGGAAAAUGACUUAUUCCCAGACGAUUUUGUCAAAUCAUAUCACGAUGCAUGGAGGAAAUUUUACGAGGAAGGGUAUAUUGUAAAAAAAAAUGAUUUAAAACGAAAAAUCGAUCACAAGUUGCAAAGUAAUAUAAGAUAUGCAAGAGAACAGCUUUGUGAAAAGCUGAAGUAA